AUGCUGUCCGCGCGCAUGCUUCGACGUCGGCUGUUGUCGAACUCGCACCCCGCACCUAUAGUUCUUCGCCAUCUCCACGCAGACUCAAAAGAAAAGCUUUUUGAUAAGAUUCUUGUCGCUAAUCGUGGCGAGAUUGCCGUGCGCGUCAUGCGCACAUGCAAGAAGCUGGGCAUCAAGACUGUGGCUGUGUACUCAGAACCUGACGUCAACUCGGUAGCUGUGCGUAUGGCGGAUGAAGCAUAUUGUGUUGGACCCGCGCCUUCAAGCCAAAGCUACUUGAGUAUCCCCAAGAUCAUUGAAGUUGUCCGAGCCACGGGUGCGCAAGCUGUGCACCCAGGCUACGGUUUCCUUUCUGAGAAUAAAGACUUUUGUGAGGCGUUAGAGGCCAUCGAUGUGGCGUUUAUUGGACCUGGGCAUGCUGCCAUUCAAGCUAUGGGUGACAAGAUUGAGUCUAAGCAACUCGCUAUGGAUGCGGGUGUCAACACUAUCCCAGGCUUUCUGGGGGAAAUCGACACGCCUGAAAAAGCAGUAAACGUGGCUCAAGAAAUAGGAUACCCAGUCAUGAUCAAAGCAAGUGCUGGUGGAGGUGGCAAGGGUAUGCGUGUCGCUUACAACGAUGAUGAAGUACGCAUGGGCUACCGAUUGUCGAAGGAAGAGGCAGCCAGCAGCUUUGGAGACGACCGCAUGUUCGUUGAAAAAUUCAUUGAAGAUCCUCGUCAUAUCGAGAUCCAACUCAUUGCAGAUUCACACGGUAACGUCGUUGCGUUGCCAGAGCGAGAGUGCUCAAUCCAGCGUCGUAAUCAAAAGGUGAUUGAAGAAGCCCCAAGUGUGUUGCUUGAUCCGGAAACGAGGGUCGCCAUGGGCAAGCAGGCUGCAAUGCUGGCGAGAAAAGUCGGGUAUAAAAGUGCUGGAACUGUGGAGUUUCUGUGUGAUAAACACAAGAACUUUUACUUUUUAGAGAUGAACACGCGUCUACAGGUGGAGCAUCCCGUUACGGAACUCAUCUCAGGCAUCGAUCUUGUAGAACAGAUGAUUCGAGUGGCAGCCGGGCAUGAACUGCCAGAGAAAUUAGUCGAUAAACCUGUGGAAAUUCAUGGUUGGGCAAUGGAGAGCCGAGUGUACGCUGAAGAUCCUCUUCGUGGAUUUCUGCCCUCUAUCGGACGUCUACUCCAAUAUAAGGAGCCUCUCUAUCUACCGGGCGUGCGCGUAGAUUCGGGGGUGAAUGAAGGGAGCGAUAUCUCAAUGUUUUACGAUCCCAUGAUUUCGAAAUUAAUAACGUACGGCAAGGACCGUUCUGAGUGCUUAGAGCGCAUGAAAAUGGCGCUGGAUAACUAUGUUAUUCGAGGCCCUGGCAACAACAUAUCAUUCUUACAGGAUGUCUAUCGCCAUCCUCGCUUUGUAAGCGGUAAGAUCACCACGAAAUUUAUUGACGAAGAGUAUCCGGAUGGCUUUCAAGGUGUCAAACUGACAGACCCGGAGAUUGAAGAUCUUCGUGUCGUCGGUGCCAUCAUGCACCUGAAAAAAGCCCGUGCCGCAAGUCAAAUUUCGGGUCGUAUUCAGUCGACUCCUGUCGAGCGUUUUGAAGUAUUCGAUUUGCUAAACAAAGACGAGCUAGAAUUCGUUUCUGAGCAAGCUGGAUCUGUGCCUCGAUUGCGAGCAAUCGCAUCUAGUGUAUCAUUUGAGAAUAUUAUUGAUAUUGCAGAACGCAACAACCUUCAGAGCUUGGGUGCCCAGCUAUCAGUUAGCAUCGAUGGACCGUUUGGAGAGUCUAAACCGGUUGUCGUUAUCGAAGUUGAGUUCGAAAAUCAGUACCACCGCACUGCCAUUGCAACGUUGGCAUUCUUAAACAAGUGGCACGUUGUCAGCAAUGUGGACUGGUCGCUGAACAGUCCUCUGUUUAAGGCGUCGUUCGCAAAUCAACACGGAUUGGUGGAAAGACCAUUGGCAUCGCAAAUGAUGCAGUCGUUGCCCGAGGGCUUUCGUCUGCAAUUUCAUGGAGCUAUCCACGACGUCAUUGUGCGCAAUGAGCUAGAGGUUGCAUACGGACAAUACAUGCAACCGAAGCCGGAAGUUGACACGUCCAACUUGCUGCUUUGCCCGAUGCCAGGCAUGCUUAUUUCAGUGGCGGUUGAGGUCGGACAGCACGUGGAACUCGGCCAGGAGCUGGCCAUAGUGGAGGCCAUGAAGAUGCAGAAUGUACUUCGUUCUGAAAAGAGAGGAGUCAUCAAAAAAAUUGCGCGGGCUGCAGGUGACACGCUGAAGGUGGAUGAGAUCAUUCUCGAGUAUGAGUAA